UCAAUACUUACUAGCGGUUGUUGAGGUCUCUGUGUUUCUGUUGUACUUCGUUCAACUUUUUGUUGUUUUAUUUUCUUCAAUGAUAUGAAGCUAAAUGACACAGCGAUUCUGAAAUAGCUAGGCUCUUUUUGCAUGACACUAUUUAGGGAUAAAGGUGAUGGUUUUUCGAUUUAAGGAACAAGUGUAUGCGAAAGUAUUGUCACAGUGGGACUUGAACUUGCACGACAUUUCGUCCACGGAGUCCGACACAGUGUAUCAAGACUGGGGAGAGGUCGAGAGGCAGAGUCUCAUCGUUGGUGUUGAAGCAAUCAGAGGCAAGGCAGAGGUCAAGGGCUUGUCUGGAAGCGGGACACGCCCUAAGUGGCGGAGAUGACGGUCUCUACCUGCUGCACCACCUGGACCAAACUCCCUCUCUGGUGGCUUGUGAUAAUGGUCGUUGCUGAACAGACCGUAAUGGGGGGGGAACAUCCGGAGGGACCCUGUGGGGGGCGGGACUGUUCCACCUGUCAGUGUUUCCCUGCCAAAGGAGCCCAGGGUGUUCCCGGAGUUUUAGGACGACAAGGGCCUCAGGGGCCACCAGGGUUCCCGGGCCCCCAGGGGCCUCUAGGAGAGAAGGGAUAUCGAGGAGAGGAGGGCUUCCCUGGCGUAUCUGGACCGAAGGGAGAUGUGGGUACUGCUGGCGUACCAGGAUAUCCUGGACUAGAUGGUGUCCCGGGUCACCCUGGGCCGGGGGGUGUUCCUGGUCUACCAGGGCUUGAUGGCUGUAACGGGACCAGAGGGGACGCUGGUUUCCCUGGAAUCCAUGGUCUGGACGGGCCUGAUGGGGGAGCGGGUUUCCCAGGGAUCAAAGGUGUGCAAGGGGACCCCACCGUUCAGUUCAUCCAGUACUCUGGUAUACCUGGUGAUGUCGGCCGUGUUGGGGUUACUGGACUGCCUGGCUUCCAAGGCAUUAGCGGCCCUAGGGGACCUACUGGACCAGUUGGUUUGGAUGGAUCAAAUGGUUUAACUGGUUCACCUGGUCUGAGAGGUCCACCUGGAGAAAAAGGAAGAUCAUUGCCAGGACAGAAAGGAGAUGAAGGAGACCAGGGUACCCAAGGACCCCCAGGACCCUUUGAGUUUGUGGACCCCCCAGAAGACUUCUACAUCAAAGGAAGCCAGGGGAGGAGAGGUGUGAAGGGAGAGUGUGGACCAAGGGGAAGUGAUGGAUUCGACUCGUUGACAGGAAUAAAAGGAGAAAAGGGAAUCAUCGGAUUUCCUGGAGUCAGGGGUCUUCCUGGAUAUCCUGGCUUCCCUGGGCCACCUGGUGUAAAGGGGAUUCUCGGGAGCCCUGGCCUACCUGGUCUGAUAGGAACAGAGGGACCCAAGGGGUUCCAAGGAGAUCUAGGUCCCAAAGGACAGACAGAGUUCAGGCCGGUAAAUUAUACAGGGAUUCCAGGGGAGUUGGGGCUGCCUGGAAGACCAGGACCCCCUGGAGAUGUUGGGGAGAUGGGGAUGCACGGCCGCCAAGGACUGCCUGGGGUAUCAAUACCUGGUACCAAUGGUGAGCCUGGCCCAAUGGGGAUCACUGGCACCAAGGGGUUUAAAGGAGAGACAGGGAUAUACUACCAGAACGGGCCUACACCUGGAGAGCCUGGUAAACCGGGCACAGCAGGCCUCAAUGGUCUGAAAGGAGAGCGCGGCCCCCCAGGUACGUACUGCACCCCUGGUUCACCAGGAGAGCCUGGAGCAGAUGGAGAUCAAGGUCCUCCUGGAUCUGCAGGGUUCCCUGGUAGCAGAGGAAGUGAUGGUGAUUGUGAUUGUGAGCUUCUCCCGCCUUCAAAGGGAGACCCUGGCAUCGUGGGGAUUCCGGGAUUGCCAGGGUUACCAGGACUUUGUGGGGCACCAGGCCCGAGGGGCGACAUUGGUUUUCCCGGAGACAUAGGAAGAAGUGGGGCAGACGGCUUCCCAGGAUUUGCAGGUGUCCGGGGUCCAAAAGGUCAGAAAGGUGACAUCUAUCUAUGCAUUAAAGGUGUGAAGGGAGACAUUGGCCUCCCAGGGCCGGCUGGUCGUCCAGGCUUCACUGGGAGGAGGGGAGACGAAGGGAAGCCAGGUGCGCCUGGUGACGCCGGCCCAGAGGGUGACAGUUACUCAGGAUUCCCUGGUGAGAGAGGGUAUCCAGGUCCUGACGGGCCAAAGGGGCUUGCUGGACCCGUCGGCCCCCCAGGACCUGAUGUGAUUGGGGCAGUGGGGGAACGGGGACUCCCAGGCGACCAGGGACCUCCAGGAUACAGGGGAUCUCCUGGGCUCAAAGGAGUCAUGGGUGACACCCUACCCUGCAUACCCAGUAACCCUGGUGCCCCAGGACAGAAAGGCGAUUCCGGAUGCCCAGGGCUGAACGGAGAGUCAGGACCCCCAGGGUAUCUUGGAGCUUUGGGCCCGGACGGGGUGAAGGGAGAGAAAGGAGACUUUGGGCUGUCUGGCCCACCUGGACCCAUAGGCUCAGUGGGGUGUGUUGGAGACUCUGGAGAGGCUGGUGCUGAGGGUCUGAGCUACGACGGCGCUGCCGGCUCUCCUGGCUUCCGAGGGUCUCCAGGACUGAAGGGCCCAUUUGGGGACUCUGUCCCUGGUGCUCCAGGACCUAUGGGCCUCAAGGGUGUAGUGGGGCUGUCGGGGCCCAAAGGAGUGCCAGGUCCACCCGGUCCAAUCGGAUUAACAGGUGCUGCGGGGCUUCCUGGUACACCGGGAAGGAAGGGGGAGCAGGGAGAGAGUGGUGCCACAGGCAGAUAUGGGGCCCCAGGGCUCACCCCUGAACAGUGUGAAAAGGGGCCCCCAGGCCUUCAAGGAUCCAUGGGACUAAUAGGGGACAUAGGCCCUCCAGGUUACGCAGGCGAGAAGGGUGAUAACGGAGAGGAGGGUCUGUCCGGCACGGGUCCUAAAGGAGCUGCAGGGAAACCGGGCUCUCCAGGGUUUCUUGGGUACCGUGGAGCCCAGGGCCCCGUGGGGACAUUAGGGGACCCUGGCAUACCCGGGGCCCAAGGGCAGAAAGGUAUAAUAGGGGUACCUGGUAGGGAUGGGACAGUGGGUGGUCCAGGGAGGAGUGGAGCACUAGGACCCCUGGGAAGGAAAGGAGAGAGGGGCUUCGACGGUCAACGAGGCUUACCAGGAGAUGAGGGCCUCAAAGGAGAAAAGGGUAGAAAAGGUGCCCCCGGAGUCGCAGGAGUCACCAACUUCAUUCCUAUCAAAGGACGAACAGGGGCUCCAGGACCCCCAGGUCUGGAUGGCUUCACUGGUCCAAGAGGUGACAAGGGUCAAGCGGGAGGCAGGGGUCAACCAGGGUACCCAGGGCUUUUGGGGGGGCCUGGCAUAGAGGCGUCUCAAGGACCACCUGGUACACCUGGACACUCAGGUGAACCUGGACUACCUGGCCUGCCUGGCCAGAGGGGUAUCAUAGGUUUCCCUGGAGAGAUUGGUGAUCAGGGUGAAUCUGGGUGUACUGGAUCUCCUGGCACACCUGGCUUCCCAGGGUACAGUGGUCUUAAAGGUGAACAGGGCGACUCCAUUGGCAUCCCUGGACCGGCUGGUGAUAGAGGAGCUACAGGAGACACUGGAGCAUUUGCCCCACCGGGUGACCAAGGUGAUGUAGGUGAACCAGGAUUUUCAGGAGCUCCAGGACCUAAAGGGUUAACUGGUCCGCAAGGAUCCAUCGGACCUCCAGGGCCUGCUGGUGUGAUCGGACCCCCAGGCCCGAGUGGUAAACCUGGGGCUGAUGGUCUCCCAGGGACCCCUGGACAAACUGGGCCCAAGGGAGAUCAAGGACCCCUUGGACUCAAAGGUCCACCUGGACCACUGGGUUUGCAUGGACUGGACGGACUGAAGGGUGUGAAGGGUGAGGUUGGGGCCAGAGGCCCAGGUGUGCCCGGUCCCUCUGGUGUUCCAGGCUGUAAAGGAGAGAAAGGUUCCAGAGGGUGUCAAGGGCCUCAGGGGCCCUCUCAGCCAGGACCUCUGGGCCCCAAGGGCCAGUCUGGACUAACAGGAAGCCCAGGAGACACAGGUGCCUCCGGUCUACCAGGCAUGGACUGUCAGGAGUCCAUGCCCGGCCACUGUGGGGAGUCAGGCUUCCCUGGACGCGACGGACCACCAGGUUCACCAGGUGACAUUGGGUACUCCGGCCCUGCCCUGCCCAUGACCGGUGAAGAAGGGGACAACGGUGUCCCCGGCUUACCAGGGCUCAAAGGGGACACGGGGGCUUCAGGCCCCCCCGGGCUGCCUGGCAUCGCAGGGUUACCUGGGCCUAAAGGUGAGAGAGGAGCUUCGGGGAUGAUGGGGGUCCCAGGACACUCCGGUUCCACAGGAACAUGUGGGCCCGCAGGACCCAAAGGAACCAAGGGACUGCAAGGAGUUGCAGGUCCAAAAGGAGAAAAUGGGAAUGUGAUCACUCCAAUGAUGAUCCCACCUCCUCCCGGACCCAUAGGCGCACCCGGUCAACCAGGCCUUCCUGGCUUCACUGGCGGCCCGGGAUCCAACGGUUUUGAGGGACAGAAAGGGAGAAGUGGCCAGUUGGGGUCACCAGGAUUCUCGGGGCCCGAUGGCCCCCCAGGAGUAGACGGGGCCCCAGGAGACAGCGGGGUACAGGGGGAGAGGGGGGCAUUGGGACUACAGGGCGCCCCAGGUCCUUCGGGAGAUGCCGGCAGCCCAGGCCCCACCACCACCUUUAACUCUGGCUUCCUGUUGGUGAUGCACAGCCAAUCAGACAUGGUCCCUUCCUGUCCAGCAGACAUGACACAACUGUGGAUUGGCUACAGUCUCCUGUACCUGGAGGGCCAAGAGAAAGCCCACACACAGGACCUCGGUCAGGCCGGGUCAUGUAUGCGUCUCUUCAGCACCAUGCCUUUCUCCUAUUGCAACAUGGGCACGUGUGACUACGCCAGCCGCAAUGACAAGUCCUACUGGCUGUCCACCACAGCGGCAGUGCCCAUGAUGCCCGUGGCGGACCAGGACAUCCAACAACACAUCAGCCGCUGCGUGGUGUGUGAGGCCCCCUCCCCUGCUGUGGCAGUUCACAGCCAGGACAACGGCAAUUCCUUCUGUCCCCCCAACUGGAGGAGUCUCUGGGUGGGAUACUCCUUCCUCAUGCACACAGGGGCUGGCGAUGAGGGUGGUGGCCAGUCUCUGACAUCAUCAGGAAGCUGCCUGAGGGACUUCCGUGCCCAGCCGUUUGUGGAAUGCCAGGGCCCGCGGGGUACGUGCCACUACUUCGCCAACAUCUACAGCUUCUGGUUGACCCGGGUGGGCGCAGAUGGACCGCUUAGCCCAACUUCACAGGGCACGCUCAAAGAGGAGUGGCAACAGCGCCUCAACGUAGGCCGGUGCAACGUGUGUAUGAAGGAGUGACCCCACCCACCUUCUGGGUCCGGCCACAUCCCACAAGCACCGGCCCCAAAAUCUCUGACCCACCACAUCCCACGAGUGCAUUGAAAAUGCACACUCAUUGGUUACCUGAGAGGCAGUAAUGAUACACCUCAUUAGUCACCAGAGAGGCUGUGACUACACUGGUUGUUUACCUGAAAGUCUGUGAAUAGUAUUUACAUUGACACAUGCUCCCUCUUAACUUGUUUUAUGCAAGUUCAUACCAAUGAACAUGCAGUACUUGAUCAACUAUCCUUUGAAUUAUUUUUUUAGAUUAGUAACUUUUUUUCUCCUGAAAUCUGUAACUUGGCUGAAAGCUCUUAAUUUGUGUAUUAUGUUUCCAGGUUUGAGUACCUGAUAUUACGUGGCAGAUUAUCUUUUGCUCGAGACUCCCAAGUCAACAACAAACAAACAGUGGCUUCAAGCAUCAAUGUGGCUCAUCACACUCCGAUUCAGAAAACUUGAAUGUCCUCAAUUAGGCAAUUAAUUUUGCAGCAAUCACAUACAGACAUUGCAAUUGUUACUAUGUUUUUAUGUACAACAGUGGUCCUCACACUCUUGGAAGCUGGGACCCUCCCAAAGCCUAUGACGUUUUCUUGUCAUCCACCAAAGCCACAGUUGUGUUUAUUAGGUCACGCAACAGAAAACGUUUUAAAGUAGAACGCCAAAAUAAGCAUUUUUGAUUGGAGAAGUCCAUAUCGUCCCUCCCUGUUCCGUAUUCUUAUGUUUGAUUAGGCCUUGAUUCAAUCAGAUCAAGUGUUAACCUGUGUUGGUAGACAUCCACACAGAGGAUGUUUUGCCGGUGUUGGAGGUGUAACUGCAGUAUGAGCUGACAAAGAGCUGAGCAGCUGCUCGUGUGUCACAACCCAAUCGCUUCCUUAUUAUCCCUGCCGCAUUAGAAGUUCAAAAUGCGAACGUUAAUUUGGAUGGGGGGAUUUAACCUCUCAAUCUAAUCGAGGUGCAGUGGUAGAAAAAGUACCCAACUGUCAUACUUGAGUAAAAGUAAAGAUAACUUAGUAGAAAAUGACUCUAGUAAAACUCACCCAGUAAAAUUUUACUCGAGUAAAAGUCUACAAGUAUUUGGUUUAAAAUAUAUUUAAGUAUCAAAAGUAAAAGUAUAAAUCAUUUGAAAGUCCUUAUAUUAAGCAAACCAGACGGCACCACUUUUUUUCUUUUUUUUUACGGAAAGCCAGGGGCACACUCCAACACUCAGACAUCAUUUACAAACAAAGCAUGUGUGUAGUGAGUCUACCAGAUCAGAGGCAGUAGGGAUGACCAGGGAUGUUCGGUUGAUAAGUACGUGAAUAUGACUAUUUUCCUGUCCUGCUAAGCAUUCAAAAUAUAACAAGUACUUUUGGGUGUCAAGGAAAAUGUAUGGAGUAAAAAGUACAAUAUUUUCUUAAUUAAGGAAUGUAGUGAAGUAGUCAAACAUAAAUAGUAAAGUACAGAUACCCCCAAAAACGACUUUAAAGUAUUUUUACUUAAGUACUUUACACCACUGUCGAGGUGUAGACAAUAGUACAUCACGCAUUCAAGUGUUUCAACUAACACGGCUUCUUGAAUUUCUAACGUUGGAUUUAUAAAUGUGGGUGGUUUCAUUGCAUCAAAUGAGAGUGUGCGCAAUAAGCUAAUGCAAGAAGCCACUUGUGGAUUUGACAGCUUUAACUCAGUUCCGACACCUACAAAACAAUCGCUAGGCAGGUGUCCGCUAGUGCGGAUCUGAUUCGAAUCUAGCCAACGUAAGGAUCUAACAACCAAAAGUAAUGACAACCAAAUGAGUUAUACUGACAACCUGUUAAACUGUUUUUUUUUUUAACAGACCCCAUUAAAAAUGUAUCCAAGCCAAAAAAGUCUGUGCACUGUUCACCAAAGCAUAAUGUGUAAACAUUGUUACAACCCCAUGUUUGAUCCACUUAAAGGAGAAAUGAGGGGGAACACUUGAAGAAUCCCAUACAGAUAAACUGUUUGACACAGAUCUGACACUGGUGCUUUUGUCUAUUACUUACAGUAGGCUAUGUGACUAUCAGUAAUUUUGUUAUUUUGACAGUGUUGAUAGAUGGUUGUGUGUCCUGUUGUAUAGAUUCUUAAGCAGACAUUAAGAUACAAUUUGAUUUGAAUUAUACAUGUAGAAGAUAAUAUACACUAUCUUAAUGUCCUUCUAUUUUGAUAUUUUUUUAGUACCUUGGUAUCAUGUCCACAUCAUCUGAAACACUAGCACAAUACCACCUUUGUAUGCUAUAGACUGCAACAUGUCAAAGUUCUCCCCCUUUCUUUCCCUUGGUAGACAGCACACUUAUAUUGGUCCAGCAACACUGUCCAUUACCACAACCUUAUUAUUGUCCAUCUUUAUUAUUAGUGCCUGUCACUCACCUACGGUGUUCAACCCAAGCAUGCAAUUCACUCACUUAGCUGACCCAUUCUCUUAUACCAGAAUACCUAUUGAUACUUUAUCCAAAGAAUUGUAUUAUUUAAUUUUCUGUUGUUUAGAACUGUAUAGUGCUAAAAGCAGUAUAGUAUCUACAUCAUUAUCUGUAAACUGUAUAACUUGUUAACAAUGCUUUAGUUUAGAUUGUACACAUUUAGAGAAACAAGGUGUCUGUUCCUUCCGUUCAUUUCAGUCCUCUCAUUAUUGGGCCUCUUCGUCAUUUAAUUGGGCUUCCUUUCACUUGGUCUUUAAAAAGAAUUCUGUAAAAUAACUUAAGACCCAAACAUUGGUUGUCAAGGUAAUGGCACCAGUCGCUAAAAUGACUUCACCAUUUUGAAAAGCGCUGGUCUUUUCUUGCACACUGCAGGAUGCCUUACACCGAUCUACUUUGUCAUGUCUGAACAUUCAGCCUCUUUAGUCUUGACUUCAACACACUACCCAAACUAACACAUGGAAUUAUGCCUUGCUAACACACACAGAAAAACACACUCAGUAGUCAUUACACUUCAAAUUAAUGUGUAUAACAGUGUUGCAAAUUUCAGUCUUGAAAUGUUUCCCUGUACAUCUUGGCAUUAUUGUCUGUUGUAUGUAAAUAUGUUUGCACUGUCGAAAGAACAGGAUUGCUUUAUUUGUACUGUAAAUGUCAAGAAUAUUUAUUUAGGUAGGAAUCAUUGUGGUGCUAUUUUUGAAAAAAUGGUGAAUGCGUGGUAUUUCUCAAAAAAAUAAGAAUAUUAUGUUGUCAAAUGUUAGGACUCAGGCCACAAUGUCGGGAAGUAUUUGUAGGCAGUGGACAAGAGGAAAAAAACCGAGAAGCAUGGUGUCGCAUAACUGUGUUAAGGAAUGCUCGCAGGUAUCAUCGUUUCACAGAUUGACAAUCUUGCCCCAUGUGGGGAUUUCUGUUACAGUCAAGUAGUAACACACCUGAUUCAAGUAAUCAUAUCAAGACUUUGACAAGUUGAAUCAGAUGUGUUGCUGCUGGGCUGGAACAAAAACCUGUACCACCACCCCACCAGACUCUUGCACUGUGAGAUUGUUAUUAUCUCAUGAUCGUUAUGGUGAUGAGAAAGGGUAACGUCUUGGGAUAGUUUUUAUCCUACGAUACAUCUACAUUAUCAAUUUCUCGGUGCAAACAUACCCUUGCUGUCUGGUUAAAUUUGGACCCUAAGGUCAUUUUUAGGUCAAUGAGAAUAUUGUGGUCACCCGAUUGUCUUCUUUUAACUGUAAUGUCUCCAAAGAUGACCAAAGUCAGAGGGCAACAGAACAUAACUAUUGUUAAAUGUCCCAUAUAAACAGGGCUGAGAGAAUUCACUACAUUUUCUGUACUGUUGGACUAGAGUUUCGCAGUGGAAGCCACACUCAGGAGGAUGUAACGUCACAGAAAAGUGAUUGUUUGCCAGAUUGAAUAGGGAGUCGUUUCAACUCCAUUCAUUCUAUUUCUAUCUGCAACAUUCGGAACACUUCACAUUACUGAAUAUACCCGCUUCCCCUGAGUCAUUCCAUGUGAUUAACAAUGAGGCCCUCUGUCCAAAUGGGAGCGCUGUGGGUGUACAUAUGUAGAUGAGAAAACACUGACAGUAUAUGACCAGUCUGUCAGAAGUGGCUCUGAGUUAUUGACUGACUGACUUCGGUUCUGGAAAGGGGGGAGCGUUCUUCUCCAACCCCCUCCCCAUUCUCAAUGUGUGGCUACUCCCGUAACGUUAGAGGCAUAUCAGAGGUUAAAGAUGGUAACUCAACAUCACUGACACACGCUGAGCCACCCCCAAGACAAUCCUCUUCUUAAAACACUUGGUACGAUUUCUGUCAGCACACUUAAUCCUUAUAGGAUAACCCUUUCACUAACACACACAUUCCUCUAAGCAACCAGUAGUCUUAAAAGCAUUAUGUGGACUGUUUAAAGGUAAAAUAAAUGCAUCUAAUUUCCAA